AUGGCUACAUGUUUUUUCGUACUACCGGGAGAAGAUGAAACACGUUUUCGUCGAAGGCAUUUAAGAAAGCGUUGGAACCAAGAUGAUCUCGAGAAUUCAAAAGAAUUAUUACAUCGAUUUUUUCAUCUCUCUGCUGAUGCAUCCUUGACACCAAAACGUUAUUCUAAUUCUACUUCUAAGCCUAUAAAUUAUAAAAUAGUUGAUCGGACAGAAUAUGCUGCGAACAAACGGAUUCUGAACGAUGUUUUUGAAACGGACCUUGUACUCACAACACCUCAAAUGCAACGUAUCAUCCAUGAUUUUCGAAAAAAGCGAUUGAGAAAAUUGCUGAAAAACAAGCGUAAGGCGAUUAUUGGCGGCACAUUUCGUUGGCCACGACAGAUUGUCCCAUACGUCUUUAAAGAUACUGAUCGUGAGUGGCGACAAACAAUUCUUAAAGGGAUGAGUAAAUGGGAAAGAGAAACAUGCAUAAGUUUUAAGGAGCGUACUGAUGAAAAGGACUUCGUGUACAUAUUUCGAGGAGCAGGGUGUUAUUCAAGCGUUGGAAGAAUAGGUGGCAAACAGUUUACUUCUAUUGGUUAUGGAUGCGAAAGUGGUGGCAUUGUUGCUCAUGAGCUGGGGCACACACUUGGGUUCUGGCAUGAACAAAGUCGACCAGAUCGUGAUAAGUUCAUAAACAUCAAUGAAGAUCAUAUAUUUCCUGGUACCAAAGGAAAUUUCGAAAUACGGGAUGAUGCUGCCACCACUGAUGUACCUUAUGACUUUGGUUCAGUAAUGCAUUACGGUCCACAGGCUUUUACUAAUGAUUAUCACUAUGUGACCAUCGAAACAAAAGACUAUCGGUUUCAGCAUACAAUUGGUCAAAGGCAUGACCUCUCUUUUAUUGAUAUUAAAGAAGCAAAUAAAAUGUACUGCGCUGAUAGAUGUAAAGUGAAACUCAACUGCUUGAAUGGUGGAUACGAAGACCCGAAAAACUGUACUGUUUGCAAGUGUCCUUCAGGAAUUGGUGGGAUACGUUGUGAAAGCAUUCCAUUAUCUAGUGGGAAUUGCGGAGGAGAACUGAUUGCUGCUGAUCACUGGUUGACUCUGAAAAGUAGUACUAUUGGAAAUUGUUUUUGGCGAAUCACUGUACGUUUCACAAAAGCAACUCAUGGAAAAGUUCAUCUGGAAGUAUUAAAUGCGACAUACGUAUGUGAUUCGUCAUGUGCUGAUAACUACUUAGAAAUUAAGCAUGGAACAAAACUAGAACAGACUGGAUUUAGACAGUGCUGUAACGCUGCGGCUGGUGAUAUCAUUUCAGCAACGAAUCAAAUUUACGUAAUUUCAGUUGCCUUGAAAGGCCCAGCUUCUUUCACACUUCGUUACAUUCAAGAUUCUGCAUCAAAUGCGUUACCAAAGGCACCUCCAGCACGAUGGAAUGGUAAUGGCGGAUUAACUGCACUAAUUGGAGCCGAAAAUGGUAUUGACAAUACUUGGGAACAGAUUAUGCUAAAGCAACUACCGAAGGUUUUCCAAAAUUUCGGCCGGCCUUCCACGAAUCCGUUGAUUGAUAUUUCGCGUAUUGUACAAUUACUUUUCAGACCAUGA